CUCUUAAAUUUUAGUCUUCUGAAAGGAACAUAGAGCGUUAUCAUGCUAACAGCUUAGUGAAACUCAAGCAGUGAGCUAGGAGUGUCAUAGCCUACGUCUGUCAAAUAAAUGUCUUGCUUACAAAAUUUUACCUAUAAUAUUCUUGAGAGAAUCGAAACAGUAAUAUUUCCUUCUGAAUGCAGGAGCUGGGGAAUAAUUUCCUUAACUAUAGCUUAUUUCUGGCAACUCUAUACUUUAUGGAUCCUUGUUCAGCUGCAUGAAGCAGUUCCCGGGAAGAGAUACAAUAGAUAUGUGGAACUUGCACAAGCAGCUUUUGGUGAAAGACUUGGGGUUUGGCUUGCUCUCUUCCCUACUGUUUGCCUAUCUGCAGGGACUGCGACAACUUUGAUUCUCGUAGGAGGUGAAACCAUGAAGAUGUUCUUUCAAAUUGUUUGUGGUCCGCUCUGUUCAUCGAAUCCUUCAAGUCUUAUCAGUCUAAUGAGUUCUGUUGCAGACAUUGUUUUAUAGAUAAAUACAAUUGCAGUGAUCCAUAAAUUUGGUCACAUUGUAUUGACUGAUAUAGAAGAACUGUAAUGUCUAUGUCUUAUUUCUCAUUAUUGUUGAUAGCAAGUGCAACUGUGGCCUUAUAUUAGUUUCUGCGCAACUGUUGGAAUCAUUUCUUGUUAUGGAAAUAUCUCUGAAAAGAAGAGAAUAUAAUUCUUGUUUUAUAUGUGUUGUAAUAGUAGCUUAUUGUUUUAUGUAUUUAUAGUAGUUUGGUGUAUUGUU